AUGAUGGUAGGUGAAUCAUCGAGUAGGAAAAAAGUAAAGCAUUCGGAUGAAGAAGACCCUGAGGACGACGAAAGAGAGAUCCCUUUGCCUGAAUUCGAUGUCUCUCAGACAGUGCUAGCCCGUGACAAAGAUGGCCUACUGUACGAGGCAAUCAUUCGAAGAUCCAUUUGGGGAAUCCAACAACAUUCCCAGAUUACUGUCGGAAUGGUGAACUCUCAGGAAGAAAUAGAGCAAAUUCUUGAUCAAGAUAAGAUACCAACAUGGCACUAUUUCGUACACUAUAGCAAGUGGAAGAGCAAUUGGGACAGAUGGGUUGGCCAGGAAGAUUUACUACCACUAACACCUGAGAAUCAAGACGUCGCUGAAGAGAUCCGACGUGCCCACAAAUUCUUGCUCUCAGAUAUGAAAACAAAUAAGGGCAAGAAAGUGGAUGGAGGGGCGUUUCUGAAAGUCUGGAAAGUAAAACUGAAGAGUCUGACCGGGGAUCAAAGUAGAGGUGUAAUUAAGAAACCAAAAGUCACUCGAAAGACAUGGCAACGAGAUGUGAGCUUACGAAAGCGAAACCUCUCCUCAGCAAAUUCAAAUCCUUCGCAUCAGGUUGUCCUUCCAUUUGGACUUAAAAAAAUAUUGGUAGAAGAUUGGGAAAUCGUUAAUCACUUCAAAAUGGUGCAUCGCUUGCCUGCAAGUGUUACGAUCAGUCAUGCUCUAGAUCUCUAUACGAAGUCGAAGGGGGUCGAAGAAGGUUCUGGAUGGUUUGGACAAGUACAGAAUUGUGAGACACCGGAGACCUAUCAGUGUGCCACUCCAGCACUGCCAUUUCGACUUCUCUAUCCCCCAGAACAAGCUCAGGUCUCAGUAAUGGACAGCCUUCAAAUGUACAAGGAUAAGCCCAAAAUUGAACUAUAUGGGUGUGAAUUUCUUCUAAGACUAUUCUGCCAGCUACCAGCAAUAAUCGGGGACAAUUGUGAUGAAGAGGAUGAUAUCGGCAAGGUUGUCACAGCAAAACUGAACGAUUUCGUACGAUUUUUAAACAAAAAUCAAUCAACUUUGUUUGCCCAGUCAUAUCGAAGGCAUAAUGAUCUGGAAUUGGUGUACGAAAUAAAAUAA